AUGGCUUUUGCAAGGCAAACCUUUGCCUUCAUUUUCAUUUUUGUUCAUAUCAUUUUCGCACCUUCUUCCGCUGCGAAAACCCGUUUGGCAUUUUCUUCCACCCUAAAAGCCCGUUCAACACCUUCUCCUACGGCAGGCCCUGCCGGAAAGGAGAACAAAGAAAUCCCACCCUCUCCCACAGAAGACCCUGCCAAAAAGGAGGAUGAAGGAUUCCCAUUGCCAGACGCUGAGAUGAGCAAGAUGUUUGACAACGAGGCGGAUGUGGUAAGCUUUGUAACCAAUAAAAUGGAAGAAACUCAGAAGAUGGUCACCAAUUUCAGUGAAAAUCUCAAGAAGCGGAAAGACGACCCCAACCAUGAGUCUGGGAUGAAAGAGUGUUUCUCAGAGUGCGAUGAGGUCAUGGGUGCGGCCCUUGAUGAUAUCAAGAACACUCUUGAUAGCAUCAAAAGCCAAAAUUUUGUGAAGGCCAAUUUUGACAUUUCUGCAGUCUUGACGAACGUGGACACCUGCGAAGAUUGCUUUGCCGAGUCGGUUGGAGGAGAUGCGGAGGCAAAGAAACUAUUAGCACAUGUACAAAAUCUCACCGGAGAAGCCCUUGACGCUCUCCAAUCAACCCAGCCCCCAGGUUAAAACAUAUCAAACCAAACAAACCCAGU